GCGGCGGAUUUCAGCGAGGAGCGAGAUGAGCUCGCGCGCGUCUUGCGCGUCGCAGCUAAAUGAAACGCGAAAACACGCUCACGUGAUCUACGCGUGACACGCUCUGUUCGACUUGGUCCGAGACAGAACCUUGGCGCUCGUCGUUGCUGUACCGCUCCAGUCGCUCUCCGACUAUCUCCUCCUCAUCCAUUCCCUUCGGCUUCGCUUGUAGCUGCUUUAUUCCCUUCUGCCAUGUCUUCACCACUGGACCUGUACGAGCCUCUCGACGUCAUUGGCACAGGGUCCUUCGGUAUCAUCAGAAAGGUUCGACGAAAAUCGGACGGCGUGAUAUUUGCACGCAAGGAACUCAACUUUGAGCGCAUGUCAGAGCGUGACCGCAAGCAGAUCGUCUCAGAAGUGAACAUCCUCAAAGACCUCCACCACGAACACAUCGUUCGCUACCAUGAUAGGCAUGUCGAUCGCGAUGCAGGGAUUCUUUACAUUCUCAUGGAGUACUGCGGUGGCGGCGACCUCUCGAGCAUCAUCAAGCAGGCACAGCGGUAUAAUCGGCCGGUACCGGAGGACACCAUUUGGAACUACUUCAUGCAGAUUCUGCUUGCACUCAACCAUUGUCACCAUCCGAAUAACCCGACAAGGGCUGGGGGCUCUGGAGAGGCGGAUGGGAAGGAGAAGAGGCCGCAGAUUCUGCAUCGUGAUUUGAAGCCGGACAAUGUAUUCUUGGACGAAAACAACACGGUGAAACUAGGCGACUUCGGCUUGUCCAAGGCGCUCGCGCAGGCUAGCUUUGCCAAUACCUACGUCGGAACACCAUACUACAUGUCGCCGGAACUCAUGCAAGAGAAGGCAUAUGACUCAAAGUCGGACAUCUGGUCCCUCGGCUGUCUCAUCUAUGAACUAUGUGCACUCAAACCGCCAUUCCACGAAGCCAAGACACACGCGGAGCUUAGCAUACUCAUCAGGAACGGAAGGAUACCACCAUUACCGAAAGGGUACAGUAAUGCACUCGCAAGCGUCAUCAAGUCUAUGCUGAACCUUAACCCCGCAAUGCGCCCGUCAGCAGCACAACUUCUAGGACAUGAACGGCUGGAGCUUGCAUUCAAAGUCGCUGAGACUCAGAAGCUGCUCAACCAAGUCAAGGCACACAAGGCCAAUCUCAUUAACCGAGAGCGUGAUCUCGUCGCGCGAGAAGCAGCAGCUGCCGAACGCGAACGCGCGCUAACUGCUACCGUAGCCGCGAAGGACGAGCAGAUCGUGUCUCUUCGCGGGCUCGCUGUCUCAGCAGAGAACAUGCUGCAAGUACGUGUGAGGGAAGCGGUCGCGAAGCGCGAUGAGGAGCUGCGUGUGUUAGUCCUCAAGCAGGAGCAGGAGGUGGCAGCACGCAUGGCGAGGCGAGAAGAGGAGAUUAUGGAAGCGGUGCGGCGGCGCGAAGAGGACAUUGCGCGGAUGUGGUCUGAUUGGGAGACGAAAACCCGUGAGGCGAUGACCCGGGCGAUCGAGGAGAGGAUGGAGUGGGUCAGAAGUCAGGCGGGUGAGCUCGACCAGGAACGUGAGCGCCUGGACGAGGUGCGCGCAGAGCUGGAGGAGAAGAUGGCGUCACUGGAGGCAGCGGAAAAAAAGGGUACUGCUAGCGACACUUCAUACACCGCUGGGAGAUUCAACCAUGCUGACGCAGAACCGACUGUAGGUGCGAGCAUGAACGCUAAGGUGAAGACGCCACUCGAGGAGGUGAAGAACAUCCUUGCGCCGCUCGCGCGCCUGGCGGACUCGCCUGAUCGCACGCCCGUGCGACCAUCACAGUUCUGCAAGCCGCUCGUUUUCGAAACGCCGCGCCCGGGGACAUUGGACUCGUUGUACUCGUUUUCGUCAGAUGCAGAUCCGCCAUCGGCAAUGAAGGGCGUGAUCCUGACUGCGACUGGGGAGCCUGUGGCGACGCCGAGGCCAUCGGAGCUCGCGAAACUCUUCGUGGACACGCCGCGGGUAGGGCUGAACUUUACUAAGAUCUUUGAUUGCGAGGAAGGCGAGAGCGUAUCGGAGGAUGGAUACGAAACGGACACGCUGCCGCCGGCCAAGAGGCGGACGAGCCUGGGUACGGGCGCGAGCCUGCACUCGGAAGAGAUGCAGACGCCUCAGCCGCAGACGACAGUCAAGGCGAACAGGAUGCGACGUCCGUCGCUACAGAGAGCAUCCUCCGGACGGCUCUCGCUGGACAACCCGAUCAAAGCGCCGAUAUUCGAUCAAGGGCCACGACGGACUUCGCUCGACCGUACUGCACGGCGAACGUCAUUGGACCGCACUCCGACUGUAGCAUCACGAAGCAAAGGCCUGAGGCCGUCUGCGUCUGCAUCAUCGGUAUCGUCUGUAGCCUCGACGAUCUCGACGGCGAGUUCCACUGUGUCUUCAGCGACGUCGACAGCCACCGCGCCUGCGAGUAUCCCAACACGGCCAGCUGCAUGCUAUGACCUCUCGGACGAGGAAAAUCUUCCGAGUCCGUUCCUGAAGCGGAGAGAGCGACAAGCGUACGCCCGUACAAUCUCUGCGCCGAUUCCGUCACGUCUGCCACCUGCCACGAGCCAGCCAAAUGCCACUCGCAAUGCUGUCGCGCGGAAGAAUGGCGCGACGCUGCGCACGAUGGCAGUGGUCAAUGCUGCGAAUGCGGUGAAUACGCCCCGGGCGACGAGGACGGUGCCUGCGGCGGGCAGGAUGGCGAAUAGGACUACGUCGACCGGGUCGUUACCUGUGCGUGGGACGGUGAGACCGUCAAUUGCCAAAGCGCAUCAAGCGAGCGAACAGGCGAAAAGGGUACUGCUCCGGUCUUGAAUUCUUCGGCGGUUUGUCUCGCGCUGUGAUGAGAUUGGGUCGCGGAGACGGAACUAUACAUUCUACAUUGUUUAUCGUGUUUUUAUCGCGCAUUCUACCUUGGGGACAGAUCCGGUUGACACGUUGUCCACUUAGCAUAACUCUUUAUGUUGACAUAGUUCGGAACAAAUAAUCCAGCCACUGGUCGGGCUUGCCAGUUUUCGCUUGCG